GUUGUCAGCUGACAGUACUUCCUCCUCCUCGCGGAUUUUCUUGCUUGAAUUCGCUCACAAUUACAUUGUUAUUCAUUUCCUUAAACAAUAUUUAAUGUGGAAUUAACACAAAAACAAUUGAAAUGUCUGCAAAACCAACUUGUCUGAUUGUGGCGAGUGCGUCUCCUCAAGGGGUUUCAGCAGCUUCUUUCCAUCAGUCCUUCAGCCUCUGUUCCUCCGUGUUCAACCUCCAGACAGCCACACCUGGGGGAAAGCCAAUAGACUUUGUUGGAGUGGAUGAAAGCACUGCUAGAUGGGUGCAGGACUUCAACGUGAAACCCUACGCAACACCAGCCAAACUUGAAUCCAUAGAUGGUGCUCGAUACCAGGCGCUGCUCCUCCCAGACUGCCCCGGGGCGCUGAACGACCUGGCACACAGCGGGUCUCUGCACCGCAUCCUCACACACUUCAUCUCCCAACAAAAACCUGUUUGUGCUGUGGGACAAGGAGUGUCCGCGCUGUGUUGUGCCACAGAGGGACAGAGGUGGAUCUUCAGUGGAUACAGCUUAACAGGGCCCUCAGUGUUUGAACUGGUGCGGAGGCCUGACUUUGCCAACCUGCCCUUGGUCGUGGAAGACUUUGUGAAAGACAGUGGUGGAUCGUACACAGCAAGUCAAGAAGAUGCCGUGCAUGUAGUCAUAGACAGACACCUAAUAACUGGUCAGAAUAUGCAGUCAACAUCACUUGCUGUAAAUAAUCUAAUCCUGCUUUCAAAUGCCAAGUGAAAAAAAAAAAAUCAGGAGCACUCAAAUCCAUCAACUCAGUUGUUUCACAUUUGUAUUCAUGUAAAUAAACAAACAUUCAUCUCAGACAAAUAUUGGAAGACACUGAUUCAGAACAGAUGUUUGGCACCACUGUAAAUACAACUUCAUAACUUUCCAAUGUUGUAAUUAUAAACUGAUAAAAGCCACACAAUCAAAUGUCUUGAUUUAUAAUUUGAAAAAAUGAGAGAAAGCAGAAGCAGUUUUGAGAAAGCAGAAGCAGUUUUGAGUAUGUUUAAAGAAUCUUCACAGCAAGCAAAGCUGCGACUGAAAGCAGAAAUGUGAGCAGCAGAAUAUUUCUGGAUCUGGACUGAAGAGAGGCUGCAGAUGUCUGCUGCUCGCGAACAAAAGAAGAAUGUACCCUUCAUUUAAAAGUUUUACCUAUUGAUGAUCAUGCACUCUGUUGUGUCACUGCACUCUGACUGAACUGUACAAGUUAAAAAAUGUUACCACAAUUCUACCAAUGAAAUGGAAUAAAACAUACUGAAGUA